UCAUAAUUUUUCUUAUUUACGACAGGGCAUAUGUUGGGAUUUAAAGCCUUUUUUCUGCAAUCAAAAGAAAAAUAAUAAUCACAGUACCAAAUUGAGAAAUAUACUUUUGAUAUCAGAUGUACCAACCACACGUAAACGAAGUCUAGAGGACAAGAAAAAAAGUAUCCAUGUUUUCACUAAUGCAACGUUAAUUUUAAUUCCAUAAUAAUUUGUAGAUGUAUAUUACGUGAUGCAUGCACUAGGGUGUUUCAGACAGACAGACUAUUCUUUUAAAACAUGCUAACGAGAGUGUGUAGUAGACUGCGAAUUAUUUGCAAGCUUCCAGAGUCGCAAAAGAAGCAUUGUGUGUAUAAAAAGGGAUGUCAUAGGGCGCUAAUAUACCCAACAAUGCUUCUUGAUUUCUGUUCCAAGUGUGCUCCGCACUGCUGGAAAUGUGGCUCUGAAAUACAAAAUUCCACUUUAUUUUGCAGUCAGUGCACCACACUUCAGAAACCAAAUGAAAAGAAUUACUUUGACAUAUUGGGCAUUGAACAGAGUUUUGAAGUGAAAGAUAAAGAACUCAAGACUAAAUAUCACAAACUGCAGAACGUACUUCAUCCUGAUCGCUUCAAUGCAAAGAAUGUGGAAGAACGUGACAUAUCAGAGCGGUACUCAGCUCUAGUAAACAAGGCAUACUCGACCUUGCUUCAUCCACUAGCACGAGGGCUCUACAUGCUGCAGCUGCAUGGAGUGAACCUAGAUGAAGAGACCAGACAGAGUGACCCGCAGUUCUUGGCCGAGAUCAUGCAGGCAAAUGAGGAACUGGCUGAAGCACAGCAUCCAGAAGAUGUCAAGGAACUUGAUAAUGCCAACAGGAGCACGGUGGAGAAACUCAUAAGGGAUGCUGCAAGGGCUUUCAGUACUGGAGACAUAGAUGCUGCUAAGAAGGUGCUUGUCAAAAUGAAAUACUAUUCCAGUAUUGGAACCAGAAUCAAGGAUAUGAAACAGAAGAUUGGCAUUGAAUGAAUCGCUAGUUAUGAAAUAAUGCCGUGUAACCAUAGCGCAAAAUUAGGAAUGUUUGAACAGUGGAAUUUAACCCUUGUAGUCACAAGACUGAUUAAAUUAAAGGCAAAAGGAUUGCACAAGUUGGCAAUGUUAAUUAAAUUGGUUCUCCACGUCU